GUAAUUAUUAAUCUUUAAUCUAAUAACGUCACGUGUUCUGUACAGAAGUUCGUAACGUUUCAGUACACACUAAUUUUUUUAUACAGUGGAGAGAUAAUUAGGCGCAAAUUUUGUUAUGGAGCUAACACGCAGUGAUUAUUGAAUGCUUUCAGAACGGAGGCACUCACAUAGGGCCUGUCUCAAUAUCCACACUUGAUCACUUGUCUAAUUAAAUGACGUGUCUCCUGUGUUUGGACCAAGUGUUCGAGUGGACAUGAAGAGCGUGUACAACUUUUGAUUACCCGAUUGGACACACUAUAUCAGAAUUGUAUUUAUGUGAAUGUAAGAAGAUGGUAUUGAAAGAGAUUCCAACAGACAACUUCACUCGCCCUUUGGGCCGGAACGAGGUCAUAGGUUUACUCUUUCGCCUCACAAUAUUUGGUGCUGUCACAUAUUUUACAAUAAAGUGGAUGGUGGAUGCUAUUGAUCCAACAAGAAAACAGAAAGUUGAGGCACAAAAACAGGCAGAGAAACUCAUGCGGCAGAUUGGAGUGCAGAAUGUGAAGCUUUCUGAAUAUGAAAUGAGCAUUGCAGCUCAUCUUGUGGAUCCACUGACUAUGCAGAUUACAUGGCAUGACAUUGCAGGUCUGGAUGAAGUCAUAACUGAACUGAAAGACACAGUUAUACUUCCGAUCCAGAAGAGACAUCUGUUUGAAGGAUCCAGGCUUCUUCAGCCACCCAAAGGUGUGUUGCUGUAUGGGCCUCCAGGCUGUGGGAAAACUCUUAUAGCCAAAGCUACUGCCAAAGAGGCUGGAUUCCGCUUCAUUAACCUGCAGCCUUCCACUCUCACUGACAAAUGGUACGGGGAAUCCCAGAAACUAGCUGCAGCUGUCUUUUCACUGGCCAUCAAGCUACAGCCCUCUAUUAUCUUCAUCGAUGAGAUCGAUUCCUUUUUGAGGAGUCGCUCAAGUUCAGAUCAUGAGGCCACCGCUAUGAUGAAGGCUCAGUUCAUGAGCUUAUGGGACGGACUGGAUACUGACUACAACUGCCAGGUCAUAAUAAUGGGAGCCACCAAUCGGCCACAAGAUCUUGAUUCUGCUAUACUCCGAAGGAUGCCCACAAGAUUCCACGUCAAUCAGCCUAAUGUCAAGCAGAGGAAUGACAUUUUGAAACUUAUCCUGAAGAAUGAGAAUGUGGAGACUGCUGUGGACUUUGGUGAAAUUGCAAAACAGACCGAAGGGUUCUCAGGAAGUGACCUCAGAGAGAUGUGCCGAGAUGCUGCUCUGCUUUGUGUGCGUGACUUCGUGCACCAAGAAAGUCCAGAUGAAGACUUCAUCCGUCCCAUCAGGCAUGAAGACUUGCAGAGGGCAAUUGGGAAGAUGAGGAAGUCCAAAUCUGCAGGAAUGCAAGAGGCGUUUAUGCAUGUACCACUGGACUGAAAUGUGAUGCUGCUGUUUUAAAAGAACAAGAAGCUAGAUUUGGUCUGUUUUUUUCUUAUUUGUGGCAUAUCGUCAUGUUUUGCAAGAGGGGGAACUCAGGUUUUUUCUCUAAUCAUCAGUUUUUUUGCACUGUAAUUUCCAUACUGUAUUUGCCACUCAAUCAAUGAGCCUUAUUAAAAAAAAUAAUAAUAAUAAUUUCAUGGGUACAAUCAUUCUUAAGUAAAUUGUCACUUCAAUGGGACAGUUUAUGAAAGAAUGAACGAUUUACAUAAAAUUCAUUUUGCUUGUGUUUCAAGAAUAAGGCCCAUUGUGUUUGUCUUCAUAGCUUUGGUUUGUGUGGUUUUGCUUGUUCUAUAAAACCCUGUGAGAGGUUUGUGAAGAUGGGAAACAGUGUAGUUACUAUUUCCAGUUAUGUAUAAGGCACGUACUUCCCCUGCAAUAAUUAUUUUUUACAAUCCCAACAAUAUGUAACAAUUUAGCUGAUUUGUGAGCACAAAAAACUUUUUUAACAUGAUUUUAACUCCAAACAACUUGUUUCCCCAGCGAGUGAAUGAUUUGAUUGAGGUGCAUUUACAGAUUUAUAAGCCAUUUAUAUUGAUUAAAAUGUCUAAGUGUUUUAUUUAACCCAAAGUAGAGGUUAUGUGAUGACCUGCUGUAAAGAUAUUUAUUUGUAAAACAUUAAAUAUGCUUGCACAGAAUAUUUGGGGCCAGUGCCAAGCCGUAACUGUAAA